AGAGAAACUAACAAUCAUAAGAUUUAUAACCCCUUUUUUUUUUUUUUUUUUUUUUUUUUUGCAGGGGGAAGAAUCAUAACAUAGUUUCUGUUUCAAAAGAAUGAUUUUUUUUUUUUUUUUCUUUAAGAGCAAAAAAUAACGAAGAAUAUUAUUGACUUAGCACUUUGGUAGGCCAACAACCCCAUCACGAUCCAAGCACGCACCAGUGCACUACUCUCUUCCACCCUUCCUUGUCCUUUUCAAUGGCGGUCUUCAGCAAUCUCCUAAGACACGCCACCGUCCUCCGCCACCGCUUCACCCUCCGCAGCAUGAGCAACAUCCCGGAAAACACCGUAUACGGCGGUCCAAAACCCCAAAAUACAGAACAAAGGGUAACAUUAGCUCACCUUAAGCAGAAACACAAGAAGGGAAUUCCCAUAACAAUGGUGACCGCCUACGAUUACCCUUCUGCCGUACACCUCGACACCGCCGGAAUUGACAUUUGCCUCGUCGGAGACUCCGCCGCCAUGGUCGUUCACGGGUAUGAUACUACUUUGCCGAUUACUCUUGAUGAAAUGCUUGUUCAUUGUCGUGCGGUGGCGCGUGGUGCUAAUCGACCCCUUCUUGUUGGGGACCUCCCUUUUGGUACUUAUGAGUCCAGCUCUCAGCAGGCAGUUGAUUCAGCUGUCAGAAUUUUGAAAGAGGGAGGAAUGGAUGCAAUAAAAUUGGAGGGAGCAUCACCUUCUAGAAUUACAGCAGCAAAAGCUAUUGUUGAAGCUGGAAUUGCAGUGAUUGGGCAUGUAGGAUUGACACCGCAGGCCAUUAGUGUUCUUGGAGGAUUUAGGCCUCAGGGGAGAAACAUUUCCAGUGCUGUUAAGGUUGUAGAGACUGCACUUGCUUUGCAAGAAGCUGGGUGUUUUGCUGUUGUUUUGGAAUGUGUUCCUGCACCAGUGGCUGCAGCAGCAACAUCCAUUUUAGGAAUUCCUACUAUCGGUAUUGGAGCUGGACCAUUUUGCAGUGGGCAGGUAUUAGUGUAUCAUGAUCUCCUGGGAAUGCUGCAACACCCUCACCAUGCAAAGGUUACUCCUAAAUUCUGCAAGCAAUAUGCACACGUUGGAGAUGUGAUCAACAAAGCCCUUGUGGAGUACAAGGAUGAAGUGACAAGUGGUUCAUUCCCUGGACCUGACCACAGCCCAUAUAAAAUCAGUGCUUCAGAAGUUGGUGGCUUCUUGGAUGAGCUUAAACAGAUGGGAUUGGAUAAAGCUGCCUCUGCUGCAGCCGAAGCUGUUGAAAAGAUGGAGAAAAACAAAAUCACCUCAUAGAUUGCUACGACUAACAAAACGUAUUCGACAAUCCAAAACAAAAAAAAAUGGCUCCUCAUAUUGACAAGAGGUCUCCAGUCUCCACUGAUUUCUGUUGAUAGUAUAAUUUGGAUGUUAUAUCAGUAGAGUGCUAGUAAAAGUGAGCAUGUUGUAUCAGUUUCAGCUAUGACACUGAAGCACCCUGCCAGAAACAGAGGAUAGUGUUUUCUUUCAGCUUGUAAGUCUGUAAGUCGUUUGGUGCUGUAAUUUUGCUAAGAGGCAUAACAGAAACUGUAGUUCGGCUGUAGAAACCUUAUGAGAAUAAGAGAUUUGAUUUGAUCACGGA